CCUUCACUUAUAAUUACCCUUCACCCCGCCUUCGCAGCUUUUCCUCUUCUCAAACUCUGAAUUCUCAAUCGCCGGCGCCCACCACUUAUCUUCUCCGUACCUUCAAUUUUUUCCAGCCAAAAUGUAUUGAAACAUCAAUUCCCAACACCUUAAACUUGUCGAAUUUCUGUUCCGAUUUUUGGCAAUUUUGAGUAUUGAUUUCUGAACCAAUGUGGCUAACUCGAACCGCAUCAAAGAAUCGCAGUUCUUCCUCCAAAUUCGCCUGCUCUUCCUUCAAAGAUAUCUACACCCUCUGCGCCGCCGACGAGCCCACUACCCAGAUCCAAACCUAUUUCAAGAAACCCAAUAUCUUCCACCGGGUUUUCCGCGCCAACGCCGUCGUCUCCGCCUUCUUGGCUCCGCCCAAGGCCCUCCCCGGGGCCGAGACGAAACCUAAUGCCGUACCUUCGCCGGAAUCGCCGGUGAAUUUGGUCGGGCAAACAGAGGGUUCAGAGCCGCCGGGGAUAUUCCUACCGGGAACCGAGAACCAAAUCGUCGUAUACUUCACGAGCCUCCGAGUGGUCCGCCGGACUUUCGAGGACUGCAAGGCCGUCCGGUUGAUCUUACGGAGCCUCCGCGUCUCGAUCGACGAGCGAGACGUGUCUAUGGACGGCGGGUUCACGGAGGAGCUACAGCGCGUUAUGGGCGUCGGCGAAACGACGAAACUAACCCUGCCGCGGGUUUUCAUCGGCGGAAGAUACAUUGGCGGCGCGAAGGAGAUCCGGCAGCUCCACGAGACCGGCCAGUUGAAGAAGAUGGUGAAAGGCCUACCGCCGGCGAUUCCAGACGCGUGCCAGGUGUGCAGCGGCCACAGAUUUAUCCUCUGCGACGAGUGCAACGGCAGCCACAAAUGUUACCGGGAAAAAGGCGGAUUCCGGAGCUGCACCGCCUGCAACGAGAACGGUCUCAUUAGGUGCCCAUCUUGUUCCGGCGCGCCGCCGGUGCCGGUGUCGGCGCCGGUGGGAUCCCUCAAAUUAGACUAUUAGCAUUCUUGUCAACCAAGACUCUAAUUAGGUCGUGACUCCUUGAAUUGAAUUAGGUGGUGAAAAAUGAAAAUAAUUUACACGUUCCUGUUCUUUUUUUUUCUUGUAACGGGCAUGUAACUUUAAGAUUUCUGUGUUUACCCUCUAUUUUAGACAAUAAUAAUGCAUUUAAUAAUGGAAAAUGGUGCUCUUUA